GCAGCAGUAUGAAAAAAAAAUUUAAUCUUAAAAUAAUAUAUAUUAUCCAAUCUAAAAGCUAGCUUCAACCGGUAUUUUUUUUUAAUUUAUCGACUACAAUGGUUUUAUUACUUUAGAUUAAACAUGGACAAAACUUUAUAUGUUAUAUUGGUGAUAAGAGCAGUAUCGACUCAGACUACUGAUAAAUGUGUAUUGAACACUGGAAAAACUGGCGAUUGCAUAAACAUACAAAACUGCCCUUCGCUACGAGGCCUUUUAGAAAACGAAAAACAAAGCCCGUCGGUAAUCGCUUUCCUUCAAACUUCAAUUUGUGGCUUUAACGGACUACACCCAAAAGUAUGUUGUCCGGUUGAUGCUAGCCCUGUUUCUGCGAACAAGAGAAACGAAUUCGGGCAAACAAAAGUUACUUUUCAAAACGAUUCAACCUCGACCACGACUAAGGGUCCAGCACUGUGGCGCGGUUCGUGGGCUGUUUCGACAACUGCAACCACCCAGACGUCAAAACCGAUGUUGUGCCCUUGCGUCUUAAUUCAAUUUUGUCCGUCCGUCCGAGGACUUCUGAAAAAGUACCGGGGAAACGCCUUUGUCAAAUCUUACAUUGUAAACUUGAUAUGCGGCUACGACCAAAGAUACGCCAAAGUGUAUUGUCCCUCUUUCGCCGACGACCAGGGAAACCAUAACGACACUUAUUAUGCACCGAGCAACUGCGUGGAAAACAUAAACGCCACCAAAUACAUUUUCGGGUUUACCACGAGCUCCAAAACACCCUUCACGUCGACCACCCCACAACCAGUCGCGGUAUCCACGCCAAGCGACAAAGUACUUGGACCGAACAAAACGGAUAACCCGGGCGUUGCGCCAACGGUGGAACCUAAAGCGCCGCCGCUGGAUAACUUAUGUGGCCGAACAACAAUCGUUCGGGAUCGAGCCGUCGGUAGAGAAAUACCUAGCCUAGAUGAUUGGCCGUGGUUGGCUGCCUUAGGAUACAAAAUCGUUUCAAAACCGAACAAUCCGCUUCGGUGGUUGUGCACCGGUUCGCUGAUAGCCGAAAACUAUGUACUAACAGCAGCACAUUGUGCUAAGACGCCUGGAGAAAAUAAACUGUCGGUCGUUCGUUUGGGUGACUUGAAUUUAGACCGUAACGUGUCUGACGGUGCUUCGCCGCAAGACGUGUCAAUCGCCAAGAUAAUUGUACACGAGUCGUUCAAUAUUGAAAACUAUACAAACGACAUUGCAUUGCUGAAACUCGAAACUCCUAUUACGUUCAAAGACGGCAUAAAACCCAUUUGUUUACCGAUUUCACCCGUUACGAAGUCGAAUACAUACGUCAAGUACACGCCGACCAUUGUUGGAUGGGACUCGACGCCUUCACGUCAGAUAUCAAAUACAGCAAUGAUAGAAGUAUACGCUCCAAUUAUUGAUGUUGCGAUCUGUGAAAGUAUAUUAAAAAAUGAAUCAGUCGUUAUUGAUAAAAGCGUUUUUUGUGCUGGAUAUUUAGCUGGAGGAAACGAUUCUUGUCUGAGUGGUUCUGGAAAUGCAAUGAUGUUGCUGUCAAGCAAACAAUGGUAUUUACUCGGUUUCACUUCCUAUAGUUUGAAAUGUGCUGAAACCGGAUACCCUAAUGUGUUCACAAGAGUAUCACAUUUUGGAGACUGGAUUAACCAAAAAAUGUACAACGGCCGAUAA